CUGAAGCUUGUUUGACUUCUACACACCACAACCACGAUGAGAUGACUCGUCUUUACCGGUCCGCCGCGGCCGCGUUUCUGAAUGCAGCAGUUGCUGCAUUGGGCGGCGGCACUGGGAAAAAAGGGAAAGGGAAGGCGGUCAAGGGAAAAUGCAAGAAUCAGAAAGGUGGAAAUGCCGGGAAUAAAAGCGGCAAGGGGAACAGUAAGGGUGGAAAAGAUGGUAGUGCCAUCAGUGCUGGCCCUUCGAAGCAGAUUCAGCCGGUGGAGAUAGCUACGAUUCUGUGGGCGUCUUUUGUGAGCUUGAGGCUGCAGGUGAAAAAUCAAGUUCGCGAACUGUUGUGGACGAAGGCCCACGAGCUAGUCGCGCAAAUGGAGCUGUCGCAAAUUGCGAUGUUGCUCCAAGCACUGACGGUCGGCGUGGAAGGUCCUGGAACAACCAACGGCGCUGCGUGUUCAAGAAUAAUGGAACAGGGAACCAACAGCAACAAAGCUGCCUCGUUGGAGCGCUCCACCACUGUAAUCGGCCCUCGGAUUACGGAGUUGCUAGGAAAGAAAGCGCAAACACCUUUCUCUUGGUCCUUUAUCACUGUUUUGCGGUGCUGGGAGAGGAUCGUCGCAGAACA